CAGCAAAUCUGUCACGUCAAUUGCUUUUUCCAUCCGUCGUCGUCGUCGUCGUGCUUUUCUUUCGCUACGUUUUACGCUUGAAAAAAGUGUGCUUACAUUCCCGGAAAAGUAGAUUGUCCUUCGAAAAUCAGAAUCGUAUCCGGUUCCAGAUAGCUGGUCGUUAAAGCAAGUGUUGUUCCUCUUGCGAAGGAAAAGUUCCUGUGAGUCACGGUGAAAAAGUGCAAUAUUUCUUUGGAGUAAUUCUUUUUCCGGAAAAGAAGAAUAUUUGCUAAAAGAAACAUUUGUCAACUAUGGCCAACUAUCACCCGAAUCAUCAUCGCGAGCGUCGUGGCGGAAGUGGUACCAGCGGUGGUCAAAAAUUCCAUCCUCAACAACAGCAGCGACCGAACAGCACCGGGCAGAACUUCAAACGUUCCACUCCUUCGGAAUCGUCGGAACCGAACGACACGGUCUGUGUGGUCUGCUUCAAACCGAUCCAGUACUACGCUAUCGGCGAAUGUGAUCACCUGUGCUGCUUCGAGUGUUCCACCCGGAUUCGGGUGCUGUGCCGACAGAACGACUGUCCGAUCUGUCGUCGGGAUCUAGCCAAGGUCAUCUUUUCGAAAACCCUAGCCCCGUACAAGGAGCUGGAUGUGCGAAAUCGUUCCGGGCUGUACGACAAAAAGUAUCGGAUCUGUUUCACCGACGGGGACGUGCAGGUUGCCUUCUUCGAGCUGCUGGACAACAGGUGUCCCAGGUGUGAGGAGAAGAAUUUUCCUAAAUUCGACAUGCUUCGGGAGCAUGUUCGCAAGGCACACGAACUGUUCUACUGUGACAUUUGCACCGAACAUUUGAAGAUCUUCUCGUCGGAACGGCGAUGCUAUUCCCGGCAGGAUCUGGCGAUUCAUCGGCGAGUCGGUGAUCCGGAUAACGUAGGGCACCGGGGACAUCCGCUGUGCGAGUACUGCGACAAACGGUUUCUGGACAAGGACGAACUGUUCCGUCACCUGCGGAAGGAACACUUCUUCUGUCACUUUUGCGAUGCCGACGGGACGAACUACUUCUACGGGGACUACGAAACACUGCGGGAACAUUUUCGCCACGAACACUACCUCUGUGAGGAAGGUGAUUGUGAGCAGGAACAGUUUACGGCCGUCUUCAGGACGGAGAUAGAUUUACGGGCCCAUCGGGCAUCGGCUCACGGGAAAAGCAUGAACAAACUAGCCAAUAAGCAGACGCGAACGUUGGAAUUGGAGUUUACCUAUGCCCCACGAGGUGGUGGUGGUCCCGGGGCAGGACCCAUGGGAAGUGGUCCCGGAGGAGGUCGGCAUCAUCACGGACGUGGAGGUGGUGGUAGCGGUGGUGGUGGUGGUGGUGGCGGCGGCGGCAGUGGAAAUGCUGGUGGGGCAAACCGUGGACAGUACGAUAGUCAAAGGGAAUUCGAUGCACUCUUGCAGGAAUCGAUGACAGCGCAGCAUCCUCCAAAGCGGAUAGAUGCCAACAGCGAACAGGACUUCCCAUCGUUAGGAGGAACCAGCGCCAAUCCGGUGUUCCGGCCGAACAAUGUUUCCAUACGACAGCGAGUGUUUGGCGUUGCCGGUUUGGCCAGGACCAAGGAGAACUUCCCCGCCUUGGGGUCAGAAGGUGGGGAAGGAUCAGGAUCGACCAGCAUCAACGAGGGUUUUAGUAGUAAAAUCACCGCUAGUUCGCUGUUGAAACCUAGUCAGCCCGCAAGCAACAGCAGCAAUGGUAGGAACCAGCAGCAGGUUGGUCAAGCGGGAGGCUCCAAACCAAGCACCAGUAUGAUGAUCCAUGUUUCGAAUCGACCACCAAGUGGGACUGGGGCAACCAACGGAGGAAAGAAACCGAGUGCCGCCGAUUUUCCGGCAUUGCCAGGUACCAGCAAGUCCGGAUCCAAAAAAUCCGAUCUGUAUGCGGAUAUGGAAGGCAGCAACGGUAUGGUCAAUUUGAAUGCUAUGUCGGCUAAACAUCGCGGUUUGGUAGACGACUACGUGUCCGUUUCCAGCGUUGUAUCCAAGGUGGCAACGAUGGCACCGGCAAAGGAUACCAAAAAGCAAACUGCGGCGGCUCAAAAUGUAGUCCCGAGUGUGAAUUCGGCUAAAGCGUUUCCCACCUUGUCGGAAUCGGGUGCCAAGCCCGGAUUCACGAAGCCCGCUCAGUGGAUUGUCGCUAAUAAGGUGAAUUCGUCUUCAUUCGCACUGGGAGCGGCCGGUGCAAAUGCAAGUGCUAGUGGAGGAGGAAAUGUUUCUUCUAAAAAGAAACCAGCUCCGGCACCCAAUCUAAAAGAGGAAGGUUAUUUUGUGAACUUGAAUGCGCUUACCGGAAAGAAAUCCAGCAGCGCAGGGGAUAAAACCGAUGGGAAUUCGGCGGUCAACAGUAACGACCGAAGAAACAACAAUGACCAAGCUCAGCAGGGUGGCAAAAGUAAAACUAAGGAAAAGGGGAAACAUGGUUCCAAUGGAGAUACUCGCAACCAGAAAGAGAAUGACAACGUUCCGGCUGGGGAAAGUUUUCCGGUGCUCGGAAAUCGACCGGUUGCUGAUUUUGCUCUAGCAAAUUUGGGUGGCGAUGGGGGCGCUCCAAAACGGGGCCCUCCUGGAUUCGAAAAUGUUAGCCUAAACAAUAACAAUAACGCCAGCCGGAAAAUUCCGGCUCCUCCGCCGGGCUUCUCCAAUGUAACUUUGAACUCGGUAGCGAGAAACAUCAACAACCUAACGUUCACUAGUUCCAGCGGUGAAAGUUACAACAUUCUUCCGGGUGCGCACAGCUACGUCGCACCGUCAAAUGCAAGCAAACGGAAUCAGACGCUCGUGACUCAUUUUCAGCGGGCCUUGAAAAAACCCGAUGCGUUGGCCGAAUUUCGUACCAUUUCGCAGAUGUUCCGCGACGGAUCUUACAAUCCGGCACCGUACUACGAGCACUGCAAGGCUGCCUUAGGCGAUCGAUUCGUCGAAAUAUUUCCGGAACUACUGGCCCUACUACCGAAUAUCGCAAAGCAGCAGGAACUGUACCUGGUGUACUGUCAGGAUCUCAAGAACCGAUCUAAAACGGGUGAUCCCGUUUCGGCCGGAAGCAAGGGAACCAAAACCGCACCUCAGCUGGAGGUGUGUCAAGUUUGCAAACAGGUUCUGGUGCGGGAUGACCUGACGGAACACUUCCAGUCCCACUACAUGGAAAACAACUUUCCCAAGCUUAGUGCCAACGGAAAAUCGACCGAGGAUGGAAAAGUUUCUUCUGCCUGGCGGAAAUAGCGUUAAGUCAUUUUGUUUUCUUCUCUCGUGUGUAUCGAAAACCAUUUCCCCGAUAUGCUUGGCAAGCUAGGCUGUUGUAAUACCGUGUAUAGCUGCUAGUGUAUCGUUUCAUGUUGCCUUUUUUACUUGUUGAAGGAAAAAAAACCCGGUCACAAUCCAAUCAUACAGUUUGUUAAUUUUAGGAUAUUUAAAAGCAAAUCAACUCAUGCGGGAUUAAUCAGUUAUUAGUAUGCAAAUUAGACGCUUGGAACAUUCGUGCCCAUUUUUCCCAUUAUUUCCUUUGUUUUUGCUGAGGUCGAGAAGAAUAAAAAAAACCAUUGAAACUAGUGCUACCUAGAAGGUGUAAUUUAGUUGAAGCUUUUUUCUAUUUUAUUUUAUUUGGUUAGCAAAGCUCGGUACAAAAACCGUCAAACUGUCGAUGAUUUUCCCAACUUGUUACUCCAAACCUGUACCGUUUUCUCGCUUUUGGUGAAUUAGGAAAGCAACGGAAAGAUUAAACGUGUUAUUUGUUCUGUAUAAAGAGAUCAGCACGACAAUUGUUUGUACCUACCCUACAAAACCCACAACUAUAUUAAACAACAUCUACGUGUAGUGUAAAUAUGUAAUACAAUAUCAACUGCGAAUAAAAGAAAAACAAAACAAAUGCUAUCCACUGAAAGAUAGACCGGCUGUAAACGCUUCGAUAACAUAAUGGAAA